AUGGAGACGAAGAAAGAAGGAGAUUCGAGGAAGGAGACGGCAGAACCCAUGGAGGUCGUUGUGAAUUCAAAGCGUAAGGCCGAAUUCGAGCCUGAGGAGUACGAGGAGGAGGAGGAGUACGAUGAGGAGUACGAGGAGGAGGAGGAUGAAUGGGAAGAGAGCGAGAAACCUGACAUAUUACAGGCGCCUGAAUGGGAUGUAGACAGCUUCGAUGGCGUAGAGUAUUACUCCUCACCGGAUGUUCAGCUUUCCACUUUAUCCGACGAAGAGGAAGCAAUUCAUGACUAUAACAUCAUUAAACGCCAGCUUAUCGACAGCAAGGGUUUUUACGCUGAUACAAAUCUAAAGCAUAUCUAUCACUACAAAGGAAUCUGUCCAAUGAGUAUGGACGUGAUGGCAUAUCCCGACAGAACGUUUCGUGAUUACUGGGAAGAGAUGGUUCAUGUCUGUCUCGAAAGACACAACCAAGACAAGGAUCCCAAGGUGGAGUUCGUUGAAAUUGUGAGAGGUCAUUAUCGCGGAGGACCAAGAUCCAAGUCAUACAUUACUUUUAUGGCUAGGGAGAAGCCGGAUGGGCCUCUUGUUGUGUAUCAAGCCAAGGCUAUGGUUACUCUUGAUACAAAGAGACACCCCAUCCUCUGCAGACCCACUCCUCCUAGGCCGAACCCUUAA